AUGGCGAGCUUUCCGGAAGCCAGCAAUCUCAAUGCCUGGAAGGCUCUCCAGGAGCAUUACAAUUCUACAGGCCGAAACAUUACUCUAAAGGAUGAAUUCAAAAAAGAUGGUCAACGCUUCCAGAAGUUCUCCCAUACUUUCUUCAACACCGCCGACAAGUCCGAAAUCCUCUUCGAUUUCUCGAAGAAUCUCAUCACAGAAGAGUCCAUUACCCUGCUGAUACAGCUCGCAAAGGAGGCAGGUCUAGAGAAACUGCGCGAUCAAAUGUUUAAUGGCGAGCCUAUCAAUUUCACCGAGGAUCGGGCCGUAUAUCAUGUUGCCCUGCGCAAUGUAAGCAACCAGGAGAUGCGGGUCAAGGGGAAGAGCGUGGUCGAGGAAGUCAAUUCUGUCCUGAACCAUAUGAAGGAGUUCUCUGAGCAGGUUAGGAGUGGAGAAUGGAAGGGAUAUACAGGAAAGAAGAUCAAGACCAUCAUCAACGUUGGUAUUGGAGGUUCAGAUCUUGGCCCUGUUAUGGUAACUGAGGCAUUGAAGCCCUAUUCCGAUAGGAACCUGACCCUCCAUUUCGUCUCAAACAUUGAUGGCACCCACGCCGCUGAGGCCCUGAGGGAUUCUGACCCUGAGACCACCCUCUUCCUGAUCGCUUCAAAGACAUUCACCACGGCCGAAACAAUCACCAACGCCAACACUGCCAAAGCCUGGUUCCUCCAAAAAGCCAAGGACAGCGCCCAUAUUGCAAAACAUUUCGUUGCCCUCUCCACCAACGAAGCUGAAGUCACCAAGUUCGGCAUCGACAAGAAGAACAUGUUCGGCUUCGAAUCAUGGGUUGGCGGUCGAUAUUCAGUCUGGAGCGCAAUCGGCCUAUCCAUCGCUCUCUCGAUUGGCUUCGAUAACUUCCACGAAUUCCUUGCUGGAGCGCAUGCCAUGGAUAAACACUUCCGCGAGACGCCACUGGAGAAGAACAUCCCCAUCAUCGGAGGCCUCCUGAGCGUCUGGUACAGCGACUUCUUUGGUUCCCAGACUCACCUCAUCUCCCCCUUCGAUCAAUACCUGCACCGCUUCCCCGCCUACCUCCAACAACUCUCAAUGGAGAGUAACGGGAAAGCCGUCACCCGCACAGGAGACUAUGUCCGAUACAGCACGGGACCCAUCGUAUUCGGUGAGCCGGCAACCAAUGCUCAGCACAGUUUCUACCAGCUCCUCCAUCAAGGCACAAAGCUCAUCCCGACCGACUUCAUUCUCGCCGCGCAGUCUCACAACCCCAUCGAGGGCGGGAAGCACCAGACCAUGCUCGCAUCCAAUUUCUUCGCCCAAGCCGAAGCGCUCAUGAUAGGCAAGACGCCAGAGCAAGUCAAGGCUGAGGGUGCGAUCGGCAAUCUAGUUCCGCACAAGACGUUCCUUGGAAACAGGCCCACGACAUCGGUACUUGCACAGAAGAUUACGCCAGGCACACUUGGGGCGCUGAUUGCUUACUAUGAGCAUGUUACUUUUACGGAGGGGGCGGUGUGGAAUAUCAACUCGUUUGAUCAGUGGGGGGUGGAGUUGGGAAAGGUUCUGGCGAAGAAGAUUGAAAAAGAAUUGGAGACUGAGGGCGAAGGGGGUGGGCAUGAUGGCUCGACUAGCGGGUUGAUUGCUGCUUAUAAGAAAAAGGCUUCCCUGUAG